UCUCUGUUCCCAGAGACAGUAUAAAUUAAGAGGCAAAAUCCCACUUUUUGUUUUUCCGAGGAACGCAGAAAACCUUGUUGCUUCUUCCUCAGCACCACCCAAUCAAAAGCACAAGAGCCUUGUCACUAUUUCCACGUCUUUUUUCUCUGGUAGAGGGGAGCUUGAAUAGGAAAGAUCCAUCAGGCGGGCAAAGACGAGACUUGUUUUUCUUGUCUAUUCAUUCAUAUGAAUGGAAUUGCAUGCAACCUCCACAUCUGCAAACAAGGAACUGCAACUGCAACUGCAACUGCAACUGGAACUGACCCAUUAUUCCUUUCACCUUCCAACCAAUCAAUGAGACAGGAACCCAACUCUCUCAAGUCUUCUUGGCCAAAAGUGGUGGUUAAGAAAUGGUUGAAUAUAAAGAGUGGUAGACAUGAAUUUUACUCCGAUUACAAUACAAAUGCUUUGGUUCAAAGAAGAAGGAAGAGUUGCUCUGACGACGGACUUUACGUCGUCGUGCCUGAAGAAUUAUCAGAACAAUGGUUGAUGGAAACGAGUAACGAAAUUGAACGGCCAGGAUUCAGUCAGCUACCCCCACCUCCCACUAGUACCCCCAACCUCAGGAUGUUCGUAGGGACGUGGAAUGUGGGAGGCAAAUCACCGCAUGAUGAACUGAAUCUAAGUGAUUGGUUGAGGACCAAAGCAUCAGCCGACAUUUAUGUACUUGGGUUCCAGGAGAUUGUACCUCUGAACGCAGGCAACGUGCUGGGACCCGAGGACUAUGGUCCGGCUGCAAAGUGGAUUUCCUUGAUCCGCCAAUCUUUAAAUGAUAAUUCUGUUUCCAAACAGUCCCUUAGCCCGAAUCAUCAAAACCCACCAUAUUCCAAACCUAGAGUCAGUUUCUCGGAUUUGCUCUCGCUGGAUGAUGAUCUGGUUGAGCGCAAGGGUUUUGAAAGAUCCGAGUCAUGCUCCAGUGAAGAGGGUUCGCGUAGCCCACCCGAUUCGGGAAAACAUAAGUACUGUUUGGCUGCCAGCAAGCAGAUGGUGGGGAUAUUUUUGUGCGUUUGGGUUCGUGAGGACUUGUAUCCCCAUAUUAGUAGUUUGAAAGUCUCGUGCGUUGGAAGAGGCAUCAUGGGAUACCUUGGGAAUAAGGGAUCGAUAUCUAUCAGCAUGAGACUGCAUGGAACGACGUUUUGCUUUGUGUGCACUCACUUAGCCUCUGGGGAGAAAGAGGGCGAUGCGAUCAGAAGAAAUUUAGAUGUAAUGGAGAUUUUAAGGAGAACAAGAUUUUCUCAUCCCUCUAGAGAAUCUGUUGCACCUGACAAUAUUUUGGAUCACGACAAGAUAAUCUGGCUGGGAGACUUGAAUUAUCGACUGGCAUCAAGUUGCGGUGAUACGUACGAGCUAGUAGAGAAAAACGACUGGCAAGCCCUUCUAGAGAAAGACGAGUUGAGAAUAGAACAAAAGGCAGGCAGAGUAUUCAAAGGGUGGGAAGAAGGGGAAAUACACUUUGCUCCAACCUACAAAUACCACACCAAUUCCGACCGUUACGUCCUGCAAACCUCCACCUCCAAGGACAAACGCCGGACCCCUGCCUGGUGCGACAGGAUUCUUUGGAAAGGCGAAGGGCUUAAACAAAUGUGGUAUGUUAGGGGCGAAUCACGAUUUUCGGACCACAGGCCUGUCUAUGCUCUGUUCUCAGUGGAAAUGAAUUUACCCGGCAGCUAUCCCUACCCCACUUCCAAGAUUACAUCAAGAACCAUCCCAUCUACAGCACCACCAAAAUUGCUGUCGGAAUCAGCUGUCUUAUCAUCAGCGGCUGCAGAGUUGUUGUUGGUCGCCAGAACUCAGAGUUGCAUACAGACCGCCCCAAGGUUCUCCCUCACGGCUGCCGAUAAGAAGUGACCAACCAAUGGACGGGCAUAUACUGACCAAUGACUCUCCGACACGUGGAGCUGCGACUGAGAAGCAUUCGGGCGAAUCUCUAUUCGGCCCAUUAUUGGUAUUUGGCCCAACUCCAAUGUUCAUGUGGCCGGUGGGAAUAUUAAAACCACGCGCGGGUCGCGGCAUGCUGGGAGAUGGACACGUGUUUGUACAGAUUAACGUGGUGACGGGUGACGAGGAAUGCUGAUUUUUAUGCAGGAUGUAAUAAUGCCAUAAUAUUAUUGGAAAAUGUACAAAAAGAAAAAGAGAAGGCGUGUUGGGAUUCUUGAUUUGUUGAAGAGUUGGAGAGGAAAAAAGAAGUGUGGUUGGAGUUUAGCAUUUUUGUUUUUCUUCCCUUGCUUGAGAGGUUUAUUGUAAAUUCUAAAAUAUAAACUCUAUUUCGUCUAA